AUGGCAAAUCCUUGGGAUUUUAGCGAGCAAAGUGACCUCUAUCUAAACGAAAGAACACCACCAAAAAAGAAGACACACAAACGUAUAAGAAACACCCAGAAAAAUACAUCCCAAAGGCCGAAAAAUGACAAGAGUGUGCUGGCAGAGAUAGAAGCAGGCCCAGCACCAAAGUAUACCCAAUAUUAUGACGAAUGGAAUACGCAGGAAGAGGGUGUGCGUGGUGAUAAAGGCAAAUCUAUGCAGGCUGAAGCAACAGAAGGAACAGAAGUUAGUGUAAAUAUGAACAAACAGACACCAAAGAAUAAAUCAGGAAAGAAGAAAAAAAAGUCUGCAGCUGCAAUAUCCAAAGAAAAAAAGACUAAAGAAAUACCAGAAAAACAAGAGAGUGUUCUAAUACAAAUAUCUGAAGAAGAAGCCAAUAAAAUACUAUAUACCAACAAGACUGAUGAAAUAAUAGACUUUGAUCAGCCUGCUAUACUAAAAUUAGAAGACCCCAUUGAGAAGGAGGCUAAGAAGCAAGAAAAUAGUGGGGCUGUAGUCUUUACAAUGACACUGUUUUACAAUAAAGCAGAGCACAUCUUUAACAAGAUUAAGGCUGCCUUGAAGUGGGUAAGUAGCCAAGAAAUGAGCUGUUUGUACAUUUCUUUUGUGAUGAUUCUUCCAUUGUAUUGUACACGGCUCUUUUCUCUGUUUUUCUUCCAGGAGAUUGAGUAUGAAGAGAGUUCUGACUCUAGUAAUACAUAUGCACAUGCAAUUAAGUAUGUGCAGGUUUUUGACGCUCUAUUCACAUUUACAUCAUACGCUGGGGUGUGGGCACUGCGCCGGUUUGAAGUUGGCGAGAUGGUAUUUAGCUGGCUAGUUAGCAUAGUUCAUAUAUCUUUUAUAUUCGGAACUAUGUAUAUACUACAUCUGGAUAAAGGAAUCCUGAGAAAUAUAGGAAUAAUUUUAAAGACAUGCUACACAGACUUACUGAUUUUUUUAAUCUAUAUAAUAUUCAGUAUAGUGCCUAGGCGAAAUGCGUUGAUAUAUCAUAACUGCAUGUUGUUUGUAGUAAACUUCAUGAUCUUCAUCUACGGAAGUUAUAGGAUCUGGUGGGUUGCAACCCAGGGGACCUACUCAAUUGGGAAUAUAGGAAGCUAUAUAUCGGACUUAUAUGUUCAGCAUAUCAAAAAAGGAAAGCUAGGCUUUUUAAAUAACAAGAAAGUAUCAAAUUCCGUGGAAGCAGAUGGUAUUAGGGAUGUACUCACAAAUCUGGUGAGGCUUGUUUCUAUCUACAAAACCACGCUGUGCAUUUCGAUUUUUCUUUUUAGCAUGUGCUACACCGUGCUCUUAAGGGUAAAAAAGAAGGAAGACUUGGUGGGGGAUAAAGAAACAAAGGGAAAAGGGGCUAAACUUAUCCAGGCGAUGGGCACGUUCGUCGUUUGGCAGUUUAUACAGACUUGGGCUUGGUACACAAUUGUGAGUCUUUCGCUGAAUAAGGCAGAGAGCAUACUAGUUGAAGAAUAG